GCAUCCCCAUCCUCCUCCUCUUCCCUUCCUCUUCCUCCUUCUUAUUCCUCUUCCUCUUCUUCUCCUUCCUCCUCUUCAUUCUCUUCUCCUUCCCUUCCUCCUCUUCUUCCUCUUCCUUUUCCUCUUCGCAUCCCCAUCCUCCUCCUCUUCCCUUCCUCUUCCUCCUUCUUAUUCCUCUUCCUCUUCUUCUCCUUCCUCCUCUUCAUUCUCUUCUCCUUCCCUUCCUCCUCUUCUUCCUCUUCCUUUUCCUCUUCGCAUCCCCAUCCUCCUCCUCUUCCCUUCCUCUUCCUCCUUCUUAUUCCUCUUCCUCUUCUUCUCCUUCCUCCUCUUCAUUCUCUUCUCCUUCCCUUCCUCCUCUUCUUCCUCUUCCUUUUCCUCUUCGCAUCCCCAUCCUCCUCCUCUUCCCUUCCUCUUCCUCCUUCUUAUUCCUCUUCCUCUUCUUCUCCUUCCUCCUCUUCAUUCUCUUCUCCUUCCCUUCCUCCUCUUCUUCCUCUUCCUUUUCCUCUUCGCAUCCCCAUCCUCCUCCUCUUCCCUUCCUCUUCCUCCUUCUUAUUCCUCUUCCUCUUCUUCUCCUUCCUCCUCUUCAUUCUCUUCUCCUUCCCUUCCUCCUCUUCUUCCUCUUCCUUUUCCUCUUCGCAUCCCCAUCCUCCUCCUCUUCCCUUCCUCUUCCUCCUUCUUAUUCCUCUUCCUCUUCUUCUCCUUCCUCCUCUUCAUUCUCUUCUCCUUCCCUUCCUCCUCUUCUUCCUCUUCCUUUUCCUCUUCGCAUCCCCAUCCUCCUCCUCUUCCCUUCCUCUUCCUCCUUCUUAUUCCUCUUCCUCCUCUUCUUCACCAUCCUCUUCAUUCUCCUUUUCCUCCUCUCCCCCUCCUCUUCCUCCUCCUCUUCUUCCUCCUCUUCUUCCUCCCCUUCCUCUUCACACUCCUCCUCCUCUUCUUCCUCUGCUUCUUCUUCCUCCUCUUCCUCCUCCCCUUCCUCCUCCUCUUCGCAUCCCCUUCCUCCUCCAACACCGCCCCCUCUCCUCCUUCCUCCCCUUCCUCCCCCACUUCCUCCUGUCACUCCUCUUUUUCCUCCUCCUUUUCCUUUUCCCGUCCUCCUUCCUCCUCCCCCUCUCCCUCCCCCUGCCCCUCCCCCAGGGGCCCCAGCAUGGCCGAAGGGGGCCCCCUGCUGCCCCUGCUCCUCCUCCUCCUCCUGCUGCCCCUGGGGCCCCUGCUAGUGGGGGCCCUCCCCUCCGGGGCCCUGCGCCUCCCUUUGCAAGCCGGGACCCCCGCCUCACUGCGCGCCCCCCAAAAAGAGGCCCCAGGGGAGGGCGCCUUCACGGCCAUGCUGGACAACCUGCGGGGAAAGUCCGGCCAGGGCUACUACCUCCAGAUGACCGUGGGCAGCCCCCCACAGAAGCUGAAUAUCCUUGUGGACACCGGGAGCAGCAACUUUGCAGUGGGAGCAGCUCCGCACCCCUUCCUAAGGCGAUACUACCGGCGCCAGCUGUCCAGCACGUACCGGGACCUGGGCCGGGGGGUGUACGUGCCCUACACGCAGGGCAAGUGGGAAGGGCAGCUGGGUACGGACCUGGUGGCCAUCCCUCAUGGGCCCAACGUCACCGUCCGCGCCAACAUCGCCGCCAUCACCGACUCCGACAAGUUCUUCAUCAAUGGCUCCAACUGGGAAGGCAUCCUGGGCCUGGCCUACGCCGAGAUCGCACGGCCCGACGACAGCCUGGAGCCCUUCUUUGACUCCCUGGUGAAGCAGACGCAGGUCCCCAACGUCUUCUCCCUGCAGCUCUGUGGGGCCGGCUUCCUGCCCAACGACACCGAGGCUCUGGCUUCCGUGGGGGGCAGCAUGAUCAUCGGGGGCCUGGAUCCGACCCUCUUCCGGGGCAGCGUCUGGUACACGCCGAUCCGGAAGGAGUGGUACUACGAGGUCAUCAUCGUCAAGAUCGAGAUCAAUGGGCAGGACCUCCAGAUGGACUGCAAGGAGUACAAUUACGACAAGAGCAUCGUGGACAGCGGCACCACCAACCUUCGCCUCCCCAAGAAGGUCUUCGAGGCAGCGGUGAAGUCCAUCAAGACGGCCUCCUCGACGGAGAAGUUCCCCGACGGCUUCUGGCUGGGGGAGCAGCUGGUCUGCUGGCAAGUGGGCACCACCCCGUGGCACAUCUUCCCCGUCAUCUCGCUCUACCUGAUGGGCGAGGCCACCAACCAGUCCUUCCGCAUCAGCAUUCUACCCCAGCAAUACCUGCGCCCCGUGGAGGACGUGGCCACCUCUCAGGACGAGUGCUACAAGUUCGCCAUCUCCCAGUCCUCCACCGGCACCGUCAUGGGGGCCGUCAUCAUGGAGGGUUUCUACGUGGUCUUCGACCGGGCCCGCAAGCGCAUCGGGUUUGCCGUCAGCACCUGUCACGUGCACGACGAGUUCCGGACGGUGGCGGUGGAGGGCCCCUUCCCACAGAGCGACAUGGAGGACUGCGGCUACAACAUCCCCCAGACGGACGAGUCCACCCUGAUGACCAUCGCCUACGUGAUGGCUGCCAUCUGCGCCCUCUUCAUGCUCCCGCUCUGCCUCAUGGUCUCCCAGUGGCGCUGCCUCCGCUGCCUCCAACGGGGCCGGGACGACUUCGCCGACGACAUCUCCUUGCUCAAGUGAGCCCUCCCGCGCCCCAUGUGGCCUGCGACGGCAGUGGGGCCGACCACGGCAAUGGCAACAGACAACGGGCUCCGUGGAGGAUGAAGACGCACUCGCCA